GGCUGGGGUGCCCAGGGAAGUGAGGGGGCCCUGACCACUUGGUUGUGAUGGCUCCUGUGGAGAGAGUGGGCAGGCCUCUGUGCUGUGCAGGGAGAGCUCACAGCCUGGUGCUAAGGCCCAGUCCUCAACUGAAGAGCCAAGGCUUCUUUGCUCUUGUUGUUUCUGCUCAUGCCCGAAGGGCUGCCAUGAUGAGCAGGUGGCUUCCCUUUGCCAUCUGACCAGGAAAAUCAAACCCACAAUUGACUCCUGGCAGGUGAGGAGGGCCAUUCUGCUUUUCAUCAAGGAUGUGCUCAGUGUUAAUGCCUGGAGCUGCUCAGCCUGGGAUGUGGUGGGGCACAUCUUCAGUGAGUUCAGCCGCACCACGGGAAGAAGGGUAAGGACAGUGGGCAGCAUCUUCCUUUGGAAGACCCGUGCUGCUCAGAGGCUGGCACAGAAACACCAGUGGGGCCACACCUGAGCUUAUGAGAGGCUCCUGAGAACUGAGAGUAAGCAGUGUUCUCCCAGAUCUCCAAGAGCUGUGUAUGGACAUCCUGGGGUCACUGGAUGUCUCUGUGAGAGGGAUCACCAAACUCCUGUGGCCGCAGCUGCUGCUGUAUGUGGUGCCAGCCCAGUACACCGGCAUGCUGAUCCCAGUCUCCCGCUGUGUCCAAGCCCUGGCUGAGAGAGGGGACCUGACAGUGCGGGACAUAGAAGAACUGGAUCCCCAUUUCCUCAACUCCAUGUUUCAAGGCCCACUGCUGACUCCCCAGACACUGCUGGCACGCCUGUUGGUGGUGGCAGGGAGCCCUUUUGCAGGCAGUGAACUCCAAGCUGCUGCCUUGCUGCUCAUGCGAAACCUCCACAGCAGGAUCCACAGAGCUGUGGGGGCCACGUGGGCUGCUGAGAUCCCCCUGCUGCUGCAGUGCCUUGAAGGUAAAGUGCUGGUGGGGAGGGAGAGGAGGAGGCAGGGAAGGUUUCACCCUUCCCUCCGAUUUCACCCUAGGGGGGUGGGAGGCUUCCUGGUCUUCAUCAGUACUGGAGUGCUGCCCCACCAGUGCAAGUUCAGCUACAACCCCAUGCACAUGCUGGUGGCAGAUGAUGGCCACUGCUGAAGGUGCUGACGUUUCAUCACCUCACAUCACCUCCCCUUCCACAGCAGCCUAUUUACUUGUUGUUUGUGACACUUCCAAAGUCCUGUAUGGACUUUAUAGCAAUGAGGUAGUGCUGGGUUAUGCGAUGAAAGGCUGCUGUCACGCCAGCAAGGAAGAACCAGAGGCCCAUGGGCUGGGGAACUCUGGCCCUUCCCCGUGCUGUCGCAGGAGGUGACCAACCCCACAGCUGGGGGAAGAGACCACUAAGGUCAUCUAGUUCAGCUGCUGACCCAUCUUCACCAUGCCCACUAAACCAUGUCACUCAGUGCUAUCUCUAUAUGGUUCUUGAAAAUCUACAGGACAGAAGAUUUAUACAUGUAGAAGUAAUCUCCUAAAAUCGACCACAUCCUCAGCUAGUUUUCGUUAGUGCAAUUUAGAAGUUAACAGGCUAUGUUUUAAUACAUCACAAGAGUUUUGCUUGCCUCAUGGUUCAGCAGUUGAGACAUUUAGAUUUUUAGCCUUCUAUGGGAAUCAGUGAUGGGAAGCCAGGGUCUACCUCUUCACAGACCUCAUUUCAGAGCUGACAUUGGAGGUCAGGGUAUCCCACUGGAGAUUCCUGUGUACCUGAGGCCUUA